GGGUCACGUCUUGCUACAGUCCUCCAGCGGGCCGGGCUGCUUGUGGGUCGGUGAGGGUGGGACAGAACGCCUUCCCCUGCGGCCUGGCGGCGCCGGAAAAAAACCUCGAUGGCCAUUUGGGCCGAGUGCCCGACAGGGCCUCGGGCGCCUCGCCUCGGGCCGGUUCCGGGUGUCUGGUCAGUCUCAGGGCGUUUGGAGAUGGGAUUCUUGGGUCUUGUACUUAAGCUUUGAAAAUGGGAGACGGCACAGUUUUGCUUUUCCUGGAGACAAGUAGUCUCUUGCAGAAAUACAGCUCACAGCUGCAGUGAAACGGGAGAACUCCUUGGCUCGGGAUGGCUAGAGAAUCAAGGGAAAGCACAGCCCUGGACUCACACUCUGCAGAGGACCAGAUGGAGUUACUGGUCAUAAAGGUGGAACAGGAAGAGGCCUCCCCCUUGGCAGAGGAGGCCAGUUGGCUGGGCAGCCCUGGGCCAGACCGCUCCCGCCAGCGCUUCCGCGCUUUCCGCUACCCAGAGGCUGCUGGACCCCGGCAGGCGCUGAGCCGGCUCCGAGAGCUCUGCAGACAGUGGCUGCGGCCAGAUAUGCACAGCAAAGAGCAGAUUCUGGAGCUGCUGGUGCUGGAGCAGUUCCUGACCAUCCUGCCAGGGGAGCUGCAGGCCUGGGUGCGCGAGCAGCACCCCGACAGCGGGGAGGAGGUGGUGGCGCUGUUGGAGUACUUGGAGAGGCAGCUGGACGAGACGCCUCCACAGGUUCCAGAUGAUGACGAUGGGCAGGAAAUCCUUUGCUCCAAGGCAGUACUGCUGACAUCAGCUCCGGGCUCAGAGAGGAGCCAGAUGGAGCCCAUGGAGCCUCUGCUUAAGCAGGAGUCUUUGGGAUCCCUGCCCUCAGAAGUCAGAGUCACCCAGGGGGGCCACUGUGAAGAAGAUGGAGUGGCAGCUCCCAGGCUCACUUCCGAGUUGCAGGGGUUGCUAAAAAUGGAAGAUGUAGCUCCAGCCCUUUCUCCCAGAUGGACAGAACAGGAUUCAUCUCAGAUGAACCUCUACAAAGAUGACAUGCAGGAAGACCCUGGUAGCCUGGUUUCCCUAGAUCAGGACAUGCAGACUAAGAUUAGGGACUUGCCUCCCGCUGAGGAGUACACAGAACAAAAGCCUGAGCAGACACUGUGCUUCUUGGGUGAAGACACUGUCCAGAUUCCUGCAGGUGCAGAAGCCAGUGAGCAGGAAGGCAAGUCACAGACAACACAGAAAACUGCCACUGGAAAUAGGCGGUUCUACUGCCGUGAAUGUGGAAAGAGUUUUGCUCAGAGUUCAGGCUUAAGUAAACACAAAAGAAUCCACACUGGAUUGAAACCCUAUGAAUGUGAGGAGUGUGGCAAAGCCUUCAUUGGAAGCUCAGCUCUUAUCAUUCAUCAGCGGGUUCACACUGGUGAGAAGCCAUACGAGUGUGAAGAAUGUGGCAAGGCCUUCAGUCACAGCUCAGACCUCAUCAAGCACCAGCGAACCCACACCGGGGAAAAGCCCUACGAGUGUGAUGACUGUGGGAAGACCUUCACCCAGAGCUGCAGCCUCCUUGAGCAUCACAGAAUUCACACCGGGGAGAAGCCGUAUCAGUGCAAUAUGUGUCCCAAAGCCUUUAGGCGUAGCUCACAUCUCCUGAGACACCAGAGGACCCAUACUGGGGAUAAAGAUUUUUUUGUUCCAGAACCUUACUGGGAAAGUCAUAGUAGGGUGGAAAGCCAUUGGGAAAAUAUUGAAACUCCUGUGUCUUAUCAGUGCAAUGAUUGUGCGAGAAGUUUCACUAGGAUUACAAGCCUUAUUGAGCACCAAAAAGUACACACUGGCGAAAAACCCUUUGAGUGCAAAACAUGUGGAAAAGGCUUCACCCGACCUUCAUACCUUAUUCAACAUCAGAGAAGACACACAGGGAAGAAACCUGUCACAGUGACCCCCGCUGUACAUUCCGAAGUUGGUGUUCAACUGUCAUUGAACUGAAGUCACCCUUGAGCCCUUAUGACUGCAGAAGUCAUAACCUGGGGCUCUAUCUAAUAAUGUACAUUCUUAGAUAUUAGGGAUCUGGCUGAGACCCAUUAUCUUCUACAUGCUAGAAGGUAACUAGAGGAAAACAAAAAACUUAUUUCAUAGGAGGUUAUGAAAGAGUUGUCUGUAAGAGUUCUCACCCAUUGGAAUCAAAUGGGCUUCCUGACUGGCAAACUGCCUUCCCUUGACCUGCAUCUCAGGUCUCCUGAGGGACACUUAUGCUUUGGGGGUGUUACUCUGACCCUUUGUUAGGCUAAUGAGCUCUUCAUACGUGGUAAGACUUGGAAAUCAUAUGUCCUGCUUUGUGCCUUGUAUACAGGUGCUAACUCAUAGAGACUUAUUAAAUAUACUGGCAGUAGGUUUCCUGCAUAGCUCUGAAAACCCAUUAUUAUCUGGAAAAUUUCACCAAGGCCAUUUGUAUAUCUUAAAAAACAAACAACAGGAUGUUUUAGAUUGAGUCAAUGUAGUACUGCCUUGUUUUUAUUUUUGCUUUUGUUUUUUUUGCCAAGUUCCCUGACUUGGCAGGGGAGGGGUGAAGGUGAGGUUACUAUGCUAGAAUCCUUUAAUUCUUUACCUAAUUUAGGAAUUCUGUGAGAGUGCCUUAAGCAGCUUCUUUAGCAUUAAGUCAUUGUGAAUGUGCCACCCAUGGAAUUCCAAUAAUAUUUUUUUUUUCUGUUAAUUUUGUUACUCUUGGGAGGAAAAAAACCCUUUCCUACUCAUGUAGUGUGAAAACCAGUUCCAGAAUAAAGUGAUCAAUGUCUAAGGAUUAGCCUCUUGAUUCUCACUUUGAGUGGUUGUCAUGGGCCUAACCAAGAGCUCCUGCCACCUUUCCUUAUGUCCUAACCACAGGCUCAAUUGUACUAAAGCGGUGGGUUAUGAUACCAAGAGAUAAAAACAAACAAAACCCCAUCAGAGCUGGGGGAGGUCCAUAAGUACAUGGGGUGCAGCAGGUUAUUCACAAGAUCCUGUGGGGGGGGGGACAAGAGUUCACGGGAGCCUCACUAUUGGAUAGACAGCACGUGUUCUCUUCAUGUGCUGUUCCACAGUGCUUACUACAGGGAGAGGGAUUUCACAGAUAACACUAGGUAGGCAGGGACAUUGCUAGUUUGCUAUGUCCUUGUAUGACCAGCUUCAUAAGAACUAACAUCGAAUGUUUUACCUGUCUCCUACAGUAGUGCUGGGGAACUAUAUGAACACUCUCUAGCUUGACUCUAAGUCUUAAGAGUAUUUCAGUAGCCAGGCUUAAUCCCAGCACUUGGGGGGUGGGGGUAGAGGCAGGCGGAUUUCUGAGUUCAAGGGUAGCCUGAUCUACAAAGCAAGUUCUAGGAAAGUCAGGGCUAUACAGAGAAACCCUGUCUCAAAAAACAAAAUAACAAGAAGAAGUAUUUCAGUAGGGCACUUGUUCUUGCAGAGGAUCUAGACUCAAUACUCAGUACCCACACAAUGUACUGAAAUUAUCCAUAACCCAGUUCCAGGAAAUGCAACACCCUCUUCUGACCACUGAGGGCACUGAGCACACUUGGUGCACAGACAUACAUAUGAGCAAAACACUCAUAAAUAUAUCUAAACACCUUUUUAUAGAAAGUUUCAGGAACCUGGUAAUUGAUGUUCUACUUUUCUCGAAGAUUAUUCACCUACAACAUAUGGAUAAUAAACUGCACAAAACCUACCCCUGCUAAGUCCAUACUUGAGCAAGCCAGUGAAUUCACACUAACUAUUUAAAAUAGGGAUUGCUUCUUUUGGGGUCCAGAGCACCAGUGUGAGUGUGCAACAGUCUUUGCUCUCUUAUGUGUUGACUCCAAAUCACCCAUACCAAUGCUGCUUAACUGCGCAGGCGAGUAUGUGAGCUUUAUGUUCCCCUCAGCACUCGCCUUGGACACUGCAGAGCAGCAUCUGGUUGGUUGGUUGGUUGAUUUGUUCAUUUGUUUGUUUUUAAUCAUGGUGAAAACUUCACACUUAUCAAUUGAAGUCAGCACUGUGAAAGUAUUUAUUACAUUUAUUUCCAAUGGAGUUGCUUCUACAAAGGUCUUAGAAUACCUGCUUUCUUGCAAACUUUUGUUAGUCUAUCACAGUGGUUUUCAGCCUUCCUAAUGCUGCGACCCUUUAAUACAGUUAUUCAUGUUGUGAUCCCAACCAUAAAAUUUCUGUGUUGCUACUUAAUAGCCAUAAUUUUGCUACUGUUAUGAAUUGUAAAUAUCUGAUAUGCAGGAUAUCUGAUAUGCAAUCCCCCAAGGGGGUAAUGCCCUACAGAUUGAGACUCGCUGGUCUGUCACUUAGGAGAAAUACUUCCAUUACUGUAUCUCCUCAUAUUUCUCCAUUGGUUUCUAGCAUCAGCAGUCUUCCAUACUUAUAGGAGUAAUGUGGAGAUUCUGAAGUUUGGAGAUAGCAAACUUUUCUAGUUUGAUUUCACAAUGAUUUUGCUUAUGUGUUAUAUCUCUCUCACUAAAUGCAUUUUUUUUUUUUUAAAG